AACCGUCCGGAACUUGCCGAAAGCGACGGCCGGGCCAGCGUCUCCCCGCGUCCCACCCACCCCGGCGUCCCGACCCGAGUCUCCCCCUCGGCCUCGGGGUGGGUACCCGGGAUCCGGACCCGAGUCUCCCCCUCGGCCGCGGGCUGAGGACCUGCCGUGUUGCUCCGUCACUACUCGGGGUCCGGGGGCGUCCGGACCGAGUCUUUGGCCCCGUGGGGGUCGGAGGGAGGACAGGACUAUUCCCGACGCGGGCCGUUAGGCGCUGGGGCGUGGGGGACCCGCCCUGGACCUGACAGAUAAAGUCAAGCCCGGACUUGUCAAGGAGACUGUAUUGCAAAUACUGUUGCGAUAGCGCCGAGGCUCGGAUCUCAGAGAUGUGCCAGCGUCUCCAACCACACAGCAAAGGGCUUUUCUGUGUGAGGAGGGCGAGCAGGAGGGAAGUUGGGCGAGUGAGGGCGGUGCGCGGAGUGCAGGGCCAGCGUGGCUGGACUGGACAGGGCUCCCUGGGUCACCUGUUGCCUGGAGAAGCUGACCAGGGGCUUGUUCGGAACCUCAGUGUUGCUCAGACGUGGGGGCGACACCCCGUCCAGGAACCUGUGGGGAGAAAUCUGACGAUGUGGGGUAAGAAACAGGACACAGAGAACUUGGUCAAGCCCAAAUGUGUGGGCAGGAGGGCCGGAUCUCCUGGUGUCAAAGAUAAAAUGUCAAAGUGGGGCUGGCCCCUGAAUACAUGCAGGGAGCAUCACAGAGUGUCUUUGUACUCUGGGAACAGAUUCACAGUGACCUUGCCCCCAGGCCGACCCCUGACUCGGGAGGUUCCCCAGGCCCUCCUGUGUCAUGUGGAACAGUAAUCAGUAUUGAGCUUAUUUGAGGUCUUAGGAAUUGCAACUUGGGGGACCCAGAUUUGAGUUGAUGGAAUACAAUUUAUGUUUUUGAGGCAUAAGAAAGAAAAUUUAAGCAUAACAUUACUCUCUGCCCUUAUUGGGCCCUCCCUAAUGUGCAUUGUGCAUCUGCAUUAUGCAUUAAACAGACCUUCUCAAAGGUAGGAAUGUCUGCUCCACCAGAAAGAUCAAAUUUUUUUCCUCGUUCUGCCACCAGCAAUGUAACUCCAAGAUAACAUAACUUUCCUAAUCCUGUCAGGGGUCAUGCUGAUCUGCUGCAGAUCUAGACUAUGUAUUUUUGGUGAACCUUAUGUGAGAUGUCAUUGUGUCAUUUUGAUAUAUGCUCCUUUGCCUCAAAAAUAUAUAUGAUGGUCUUAGACUUCUAGUAAGUGGAACAGCCCUCUGAGUUUUAUGAGAGACUGUCUCCUGGGUUAUAAUCCUCUCAUAGGCUUAAACAAAAUUUUCUGUUUUCUCUUUUAGAUCGACUAUUCAUUAAUUUUUCAUCAACAGCGUAACACUGAAAGUGUUGUAGGGAGGAGGAAGAGUAACAGACUUAUUAAAGGAAAAGCCACACGGUUGUUAAAGUUGCCUGGCAUGAAUUUUGACAGACUGACACAGGGAAUGAAAUAUUUGUCCUUAAGGAAUAGGCUGUCACAAGUUAUUUAGGGGAAGGGUCCAAUAAGUAUCUUGACUUUCUGGGUCAUUGGGCAGAUGUUCUGGAUGCCUGCGUUAAGGCAGUAAGUGGUCAAAAGUUCAGAUUCCAUCUGGGCUGAGACCUGCAUAAGCCCUACAUCCUCAGUGGCCUCCUGCCUGCAUUUUAGAGCGCUCUCUUAGCAAUACUGACUCCAUUUUGAUUUUCCUUUCACACCUGUCCCCUGCUGUCCUGGCUCCCGGACUUAGGGGGGCAGCCCUGGACAGGGGGCACUGAGGGGAACUGAGUGGCACAUUUCUGUUCAGGAGAAGGGGACUGCAAGCUGUGGGCUGAUGCUGUGUCUGUCUGGCCAGCAGUACAUUCGGCUUAGAGUCCACCAGGGCAGCCAGGUCUGGCGCCCCAUAGAAAGCCAGGCAGUAAAGGGCUGAAGCCAACCACCCGCACUUCCGCCCUGCUCCGUCACGUGACCUACAGCCUGCCCUUCACUCAGAAUCCAGGCCUGCACUCGUUGUCAAUCAGAGCCCAAGAAGGGGGUGUGCCUAGAGACUCGUCCAAUUAAGGUGCGAAGGCUUGGAGCCUCAUCCAAUCAGAGACGGGGGCGGGCGCAUUCGCUUACGUUGUGACGUCGCUCUUAGCCGCCCGGGCGUUCCGUCGCACCUACUUCAGGGGACCUCAGGUGUCCCGUCGCUGUUGCUCUAACCUGCCGGAGCUGUUGGGCUGCAGGGCCGCGGGGAGGACGACCUGAAUGCGCGGAGAGGGGCUGAAAUGGGCCGAGGCUCGGAUCUCAGGGAUGUGCCAGCGUCUCCAACCACACAGCAAAGGGCUUUUCUCUUCUGUGAGAGGAGGGUGAGAGGAAGGCGGAUUGACAGAACCAGAGGUCCUGUGGUCAGGGCGUCCUCGGCCCAGGACUCGGUGGUCUUUGAGGACGUGGCUGUGAACUUCACCGCAGAGGAGUGGGCUUUGCUGGACCUGGCUCAGAGGAAGCUCUACAGAGACGUGAUGCUGGAGACCUUCAGGAACCUGGCCUCUGUGGGUUCUUGCUCUCAAGUUAAAACCAGUAGAUCAAGUGCUCAUUGGGAUAUUUUGGAGACUGGACUAUGCAGUGAAGAGAAAGUAGUAAGAUUCACAAGAAAUGAUUCCAGGUCUUUUUUGGGAGAAAACUGGGCAUUUCAUAACAUGCAAGAUCAGCAUCUAACUCAGGAGAGGCGUUUGAGAAAUAAUUUGGUGGAGAGUCUCUGUGAAGGUAAAGAAGGUCAUCAAUGUCUAGAAACCCUGAACCAGAUUAUAGAUUUUACUGUGCAUAAGAGUUAUUGGACUGGAAUUCAGCCCCAUCAAUGCAUUAAGUGUGGAAAAGCCUUCAGGGAUCAUUCUUUCCAGAAGAAUCAGCAAAGAUCUCACCCUGGACACAAACAUUAUCCAUGUGAAGAAUGGGGGCAAGCCUGCAGCUGUAUCUCGUGCCUAAGCCCUCCCAGGGAAACAGACAUUGUAGAGAAACCCGAUAAACAUCAGGAUGCUGGGAGAGCAUCUAAGAGGUGCAUGAAGAGUGACUGUAGUGAACAGUCUUUAGAGUAUAAGAAGUCUGGAAAAGCUCUCACUUGUCCCUCAUCUUUUCAGGAACAUGAGAGAGGUCAUUAUGGACAGAAAAUCCACAUGUGUGAAGUAUGUGGAAAAUCCUUCAGUUAUUAUUGCCAACUUGCACGGCAUGUGAGAACUCACACUGGAGAGAAACCCUAUGAAUGUAAAGAAUGUGGAAAGGCUUUCACUCGCAUCUCACACUUCCGAGAACAUGUGAGAAUGCACACUGGAGAGAAACCCUAUGAAUGUAAGCAGUGUGGCAAAGCUUUCAGUUGGUGCACUUACCUUCGAGAACACAUGAGAACACACAGUGGAGAAAAACCCUAUGAAUGUAAGCAGUGUGGCAAAGCGUUCCCCUAUCUCAAAUCCCUGCAAGGACAUGUGAGGAUCCACACUGGAGAGAAACCUUAUGUGUGUAAGGAAUGUGGGAAAUCCUACAGUUGUCCCAAAUACUUUAGAAAACAUGUGAAAACACACAGUGGAGUAAAACCCUAUGAAUGUACAGAAUGUGGGAAAGCAUUCAUUACUUCCUCAUCCCUUCGAGAACAUAUGAAAACACACAGUGAAGAGAAGCCCUAUCAGUGUCAGCGGUGUGGGAAAGCCUUCAGGUAUCCCAGAUCCCUGCAAGGACACAUGCUAACCCACAGUGAAGGGAAGCCAUAUAAAUGUCAGCAGUGUGAAAAAGCCUAUAGGUGUCUCAUAUCCCUGCAAAGACACAUGAAGACACACACUGGCGAAAAAUUCUGAAUAGAAAAACUAUGGGAAAGCUUUCAUUCUCCCUUAAAAUCUUAUAAAUGGAGCAGUCACAGGAGAGAAACAUUAUGAACGGAAAGAAUGUUGGGAAACCUUCAGCACUUCACUUAUUUUAUACUUGAAAACUCAGGAUAGACAAAAUUUUUUAAUGGAAAGAAAUAUGAUUUUUCCUUUUAAGUGCCUCAUCCUGAAUAGGGAUCCCAGUGUAUUAAUUUCUAGCUCAUGUUAACUGAUCUGAACACUUAAGAUAAUAACCAUGCCUCUAUGUUCCCAUCAUCUUUGCUACUUAUGUUUUGUUAUCUUGGACUUUAAAUAGUUAUACAGUCAUAUAA